AUGGAUGAGGCGUGUGUAGUGAGCCAGGUGGAUCUGUUUGAGCUCAAGGAUCGGCUGAAGCGUGUGGCGGUGAAGGAGGGCGGAAUCUCGCUGGCGCAGUGGAUCAAGACGUUCAAGGAGGUGGGCAUCACGGACGAUGGCUUUCUCCGCGGCUUUUACUCGCUCUUUGACUCGCAGAAGAACGAGUGGAUUGACUUUAAGGAGUUUGCCAUCUACUCGGCGCUGGUGGGCCGGCCGCGGCGCGAGAAGAAGGUCGAGUACUGCUUCCGGGUCUUUGACCGCAACGGCUCGGGCGCGCUGGACAAGGAGGAGAUGCGCAAGCUGAUCAAGGCUGCGGUCCGAGUCAUCAAGCGGUGCAACAACACGCUCCCGGGCCUGACGCCGUCCAAGAAGCCGUCCAAGAUCGAGCGGUUCGAGCUGUCGGCGAGCGAGAAGAAGGCCAUUGUCAAGGCUGCCGACAAGAUCUUCAAACGGCUGGACAAGGACGACGACGGCGAGGUCUCGUACCGGAUCUUCCAGACCGAUGGCGAUGUCAAGGAGGUGCGCACUGUUCUGGACUACUUUAUGGCGCUCACCGACGCGCUGCCUGCCGAGCGGGCCUCGUCGUCCAAGAAGCGGAAGAGCAAGAAGGGCUCGGACUCCUCGUCCGACGACUCGAGUUCGAAGAAGGGCAAGCGCAAGGGCUCGAAGAAGGGCAAGGGGAAGGACAAGAAGGGCUCCAAGAAGGGGAAGGACAAGAAGGGAUCCAAGAAGGGGAAGGACAAGAAGGGCUCCAAGAAGGGGAAGGAUAAGAAGGGAUCUAAGAAGGGGAAGGAGAAGGGCUCUAAGAAGGGCUCUAAGAAGGACAAGAAGGCCUCCAAGAAGGACAAGAAGGCCUCCAAGAAGGACAAGAAGGCCUCCAAGAAGGGAUCCAAGAAGGGAUCCAAGAAGGACAAGGGCAAGGGCAAGGCGCUGACCGCUGCGCCGCGGGCGGCGUCCAUGGCGCUCAUCAAGGAGCUCCGCGCGGCAACGAAUGCGCCGCUGAAGGACUGCAAGCAGGCGCUCGAGGAGACGGCCGGCGAUGUGGGUGCGGCGCAAAAGUGGCUGAUCGAAAAGGGCAAGGUGGUGGCGGCGAAGAAGUCUGCCGGGCGUACGGCCAACGAGGGGCUCAUCGGCCUGGCCACCGCCGCGGACGCGGCCGUCCUUGUCGAGAUCAACUGCGAGACCGACUUUGCCGCCAAGAACGAGGCCUUCCACGCCUUUGUGGCCUCGCUCACCUCGCGGGCACUCACUGCGCCGCGCUCUGGUCCGGGCCCGCUGGAUCUCUCGGUCCUCGAGGGUGAGACGCUCGACAACGACAUCGCCGAGCUCACGCUCAAGAUCGGCGAGCCGCUCAAGCUCGCCCGCGGCGUUGCCCUUGAGAGCGAGGUUGUCGGCGGCUAUGUCCACGCCGGAUCGACCGGCGGCAAGGUUGGCGAUGUCGAGCUCGGCCGCGCCGGCGCUCUGGUGGCACUGCGCGGCUCGGCGGCGGCAGCCCCGGUCGCCCGCCAGCUUGCGCAGCACAUUGUCGGCAUGCAGCCGGCGUCGCACGCCGAUCUCCUUGCCCAGCCGUUCCUCUUUGACGGCGACAAGUCAGUCGCCGAGGUCAUUGGCCGUGAUGCCGAGAUCGAGUACGUCCAGCUGGCUGUCGGCGAGUCUGCAUCGGAGUAA